GCUGUCAAAUCCACAGAUGUGCAGUUAAAGGCAAGGCUGCUCGUCCGUAUUGCUGAGAGAGCGCUGCGUUUCUCCCUCGGCCGAAUUCUGCAAAAAAAAAAAAAUUCCCAUGGAUGAUUUGCAACUUGUGAAGGAAGCCGGCAAACCGAUGGACCGAUCUGAGAUUUCUGGAGAGACGUCUGGAACGGAUGAUGGUCCGAGAAUCGAGGGCUGCUCCAUUCAAGAGGAAAGUCCCUGCAAUAAAGCGGUGGAUCUAGAACUCAGAAAUCCAGACAAUGAGACUUCGGCAUCUUCGCAUCCCGUUGCCGUGUCAGUGUCGCCCUCCGUGCCUCUACAGCCGUGCCCGUUGAUAGUCUCUGCCACUGACAUGACCUGCCUCAUCUGUUUCCAUCAAUUCAGCCUCGCCCGGCUGCCCAAAGUCCUGGCGUGCCAGCAUGCCUUCUGCGCCGUGUGCCUGCAGGUGAUCUUGCGGCAAGAAGAUCACAUCUGGAUCGUCAGCUGUCCCCUCUGCCGAAAAGCCACGGUGGUAUUCGGGGGUCUCGUCUGCAGCCUCCGCAACUUACAGCAUGUCAUGGAGCGGUUGGGGGCCCCGGAUCCAGAGGCAGAGAUCGCUGUCGGGGUGUGGCACAGCCAGCAGCCUUCUUCCCCCGAAAUACAAUCUCAGGACUCAGCCGAGAUCAACCAGGCUGCCAUCAAGAGACUGAUUCUGCUGCUUCUGCUCGUAUCGGUCCUGAUCGUCUUCAUCCUCCCAUUCACUGAGACUGGGCUGUUGACGUGGUUCCUUUGUUUUUUGGUGGUUUUAGGCGGCAUAAUCUGCGCUGUGCUUUGCUGGGACCCCAGUUGGAGCCGCCCGAGUUUUUCGCUGCCCCUCUGGACAAAGAAGGUCAAUCAAGCGGCCUGAGAAUGACCUUUCUUGGCUUCUUCUAGGAAGGGUCACCAGCCCCUUGGAAAGCUUUGGUGCUGGAGCAGACAAGACCAAAGGGGUGGCUGGACAGGUGUUGGGGUUGGGUGGGUUCGGAUGAGGCGUAAGGUAAAGGUUCCCCUUGCAUAUAUGUGCUAGCUGUUUCUGGCUCUAGGGGGCGGUGCU